CGUGAUAUAAGUAUUGUGCGGUAGGCUCGUAUAAAGCGUGACAGUUUGAUUCUCCGUGGCUCACUCCGUACUAGACAUCCACGGAGGCAGAGCACAGUGAUCCAUUAGGUGUCCGAUCUUCGAGCCGCUUUUAAAUCCGCAGAAAUGGCCCUAGAGGCACCGUCGUGGCUGAACGUCGACUUCACCGAGAGGAUACUGCGACUGACGGGGGACGACAACAACGUCCAGGUGAACGAUAUAUUUAUAAAACCGGCCACCAACAAGGGUGACAACUAUGUCAGCGAUAUGAUGAGGGUGGUCGUGGAUUUCACGCACUUCGAGGGGGACAAGAAGCUCGACGGGAAGAAGUCGCUCUUAUUCAAAUUCGAACCGCUAGAAGAAGGACCGCGAAAGGAAUUCAUCCAUCAAGCUCAAGUAUUCGAUACCGAGAUCUUGAUGAUGACGGACACUUUGAAGAAGAUGAACGACCUGCUGAGUUCAGGGCCCCGUCUCAGCGCUCGAAUUCUUCACGUACGAUUGGAACGACCGUUGUGUUUGAUAAUAGAGGACCUGGCGCCUUUCGGAUUUCGCAUGGCCGACCGUCAAGCCGGUAUGGACCUAACACACUCGAUGAUGGCAAUCCAAGGAAUAGCCAGAUUCCACGCCAGCUCGAUCGCGCUAUACGAGAAGGAACCGAAACAGAAGGAAAUGUAUAAGAAGGGUAUGUUCAGGGCUGAUUACUCAAAAGAAGCUCUUGAUAUGUUCUCGGGCAUGUGCAACACCCUUGCGCAUGAAGUAGAUAGCUGGCCAGAGUUAACAAAAGAGUACGGGGCCAAACUUCGGGCACUUGCACCUCACAUUCACACGCUAGGCUUGAAAAUGACAGAGCAACGCAACGACGAGCUCAACGUGAUCAAUCAUGGCGAUGCUUGGGCAAACAACAUGUUGUUUCGAUACGAUAACAACUCCAAGCCUGUAGAACAUAUUUUCGUGGAUUUCCAAUUAUGCCUUUACUGCUCGCCCGCGAUCGACCUGCACUACUUCCUGUCCACCAGCCUGUCGAUAGAUGUUUACGAUAACAAGAGGGACGUGUUGAUGAACGAGUACCUGCGUACGUUGUGCAGCACGAUGAAACAGCUUGGUUGUAAAACAGAGCCACCCACCAUGGACCAACUAAAAAAGACCAUGAGGGAACGAGAGACGUACGCGUUUAUAGCGUCGAUCUUCGUCCUGCCAGUGGUCUUGGUGGAUAAGAACCAAGUGAAAACGAUAGACGAAAUGACACCCAACGAGAAUGGUAUCAUCGACACUCCCGCCGUCAGGAACCCGCUUUACAAGAAAAUAAUGCUCAAGAGAUUGGUCAGGUUCAUGGAACUGGGUAUCCUCGAAGUUCCGACGUAAACCGUUUCACGACUCUUCGAAAGAAUAAUUAAACAAGGAUCGAGGAGACCCGUUAUGGUUUAAUCCGCGUGUUUAGGCUGUGGAACCGCGACUUAACCUCAGAGUCGAGUUUAUUCGGUGACGGUGCUAGAAAGAUUCGCGACUCGUUCGCUAGUUGUGAUACUGACAAACAUAAUGUUCAUUGAAACGUUGAGCAUCGAGCGGGAACAAUUUGAGUAACCAAAGCUCCACAUUCUCUCACGCAAUGUAAGAUAGGCUAACGCCGAAUUGUAUUUAAGGAAAUUCACGACGCGCACUUAGUUUUAUUAAUCCAUCGACGAGAUAGUACAAAUCGAACGACACGUUUCUUACUUAUUGUUCGAAAUAGAUUAACGCGACAAUGGGUUCACGAUACGAUCGUUGGUUAGUUUUCCUCUUGCGUUGAUAAAAUAUAUUUACUAGCGGACUGAAUUGUUUCACGAGCAA